AAGAAAAAGAAAUCUUUCGAUUGUUGCUUUAAAGAGAGCCCAAGCUACUUAAACAAAUAAAUAUCAAUGGAGAUUCAGCAUUCCAUUUAUGGGCAUGUGCUGGUAAAUUAUGGCCAUUCAAAUUCCUUUUGGAAAGCCAUUCUAUUAUUCCAGAUGUACAACGAGUUUUCAUAGACUUGACCACUGCCAAGGAAAAAUAUGGUGACAACCCUCUACAUAAUUUGGCUGAACGUACUUCCAAUGAAGAAGUUGCUAUUGAAAUAGCAAAAUUGCUCAUAGAUAUUUACAAACAAGUGUCAUCUGGCAUUUCAGAAGAUUUACUUCCAUGGGUAAUGGAGAACAAUUAUGGUGAUACACCUUUGUCAUUUGCCAUAGCUCAUCAAUAUGAAAAGUUUGCACUAUAUAUCUUGUCAUUGGAUGAAAGUGGGGUUAUUAAAAGUCAGAAUAAUGUUUUGUUCUUGGCUAUCGAGAAGGGAUGCCAUAAAGUUGCUGAAAAGAUUUUAGAGAUAGUGGAUGACAAAGGUUGGAAUCAACUUCUUACUAAUCAUCAUCAUCAGAAUGUUUUGCAUCUUGCACCAUUAUGCACAAAGGACUUUUGUUCACGGCUUAUUGAAAGACACCCGGAGUUACUCACAAGAGUGGACAAAGGGGGGGCUUCUGUAUUGCACAAUUGGAUAAUAAAAAACGGUGAAGUAUGGCUCUUCGAAUACAUUUUAAACAGCAAAUUGAAGAGUACUUUUGUGAAACUUAUUGGUGAUGCAGAUUACAAUGACAGAAACAAUCCUUUCCAUAUUGCGGCCACUACAAACCAUGAAGCAACAAACCAAGUUGUAAAGAUCCUUGUUGAAGCUUACAAAGAAGAUAAACCUAGUUGGGUUGUCAAUGCUAUAGGUAUGUUGCCAUGGUUUGCAAAGAAUAAAGCAUAUGAAGGACCUUUGCAAUUGGCCAUACGCAACCAAAAUGAAGAACUUGCGUUAGACUUAUUGAGACUACACAAGGAUGUUAAUGAUAUUAGUAAACUACUCGAUUAUUACGAGCCACCGCAUACUACUUUGUUUCUAGCUGUACAGAACAAUUGCUCUGAAGUAGCUGAAUAUAUAAUGUCAAGAUUGGAUAGGAAAAGUUGGACCAAAUAUCUUAAGGAUUCCUCUGAUGGCCGUAAUAUAAUGCAUCUAGUUCCAAGUUUGACAGAUGAAAAGUUCGGGACAUGGCUAGUAAAAGAAGUUCCAGAACUCAUCACCCAACAAGAUGCCAAUAGACAAUCAGCUUGGGAAAAAGCACAUGAAAUUGGUCAUGCAUGGUUUAUAAAAGCAAUUUUGGAGAAGGAUCCAUCUGUGUUUGAUCGUGCACCCUUGGUUUGGACUAAAGCAUGUGAGAACGGUCAUGUAUUAGCUCUUUGUGCCUUCAUCAACCAUAACCCCGAAGAGUUUAGAGAUCUUUGUAUUGAAUAUAAGGAUUCUCCUUUGCAUCACAUAAAACUCAAAAAAUUUACUGGGUAUGAAAAGUUUCUCAAGAUUACACCCAUGAAGGAAUUUAUCAAUCUUCAAGAUUCAAAAGGGGCAACACCUUUACACAAAGCAAUACGAAAUAAAGAUUUAUUGUUGACAGAAACGUUACUCACCAUGGAUAAGAUAAUGUAUAAUAUUUUGGAUGAUGCAAAUGUAUCUGCCAUAGAUCUGCUUGCUGAAGAAUGUGACAACAACCAGACAUGGGACCGGAUGUGCAAAAGAAUUGGACUUGACCCGAGGAUUAAAACGACAUAUUUCAAAGAUAAGACGAAUUUGUUAGAUGUGCGAAACUCUCUAUUCAUAGUAGCGGCCUUACUAGCGACCAUUACGUUCACCGCUGGGUUCACUCUCCCUGGUGGAUUCAAUCAAGAAAUUGGAGCAGCACUGUUGGGGAAUAAGCCAGCUUUCCUAGUAUUUUUGGUAUCUGAUGCAUUGGCCUUGUUUUUUUCGAUGUUGGUAUUGAUUUUUCUCACAUGGUCCAUGGUUUUCGAUGCCAGUAAAUCAUUGGUAUUAAUUGAUCGGAGCAUGGUGUUACUCCGUUUAUCAUUUAAUUUCACCUUAGUGGCGUUCAUGACUGGUGUAUACGUUGUCAUAGCUCCAAUGUCAUUGUGGGCAGCUAUUCUUAUUAUUGUCAUUAUGAGCUCCGUCAUUGGAAUUUCAAUCAACAAGAAUAUCUUGUAUGAUUUUCCAGAGUAUAUAUGCAAGUUCAUCCCUACGCCAAAGAAAAAGCAAACAGAUCAAAUCCGUGAUGUGGAAAUGGGCACCCCUAAUGAACAAGAUCACUUGCUUGGUCGUCAUGGGGAGGACUCAAACGAAGGUUUUCGUACUGCUAGCCAUACAUAGGAGACCUUAGACGCGGAAGUGUAAAGAAUGCAAGUAGAUCAAGUCUAUGUUUGAAUUGCAUGGAAUCCCUAAUGAACAAGAUCAUUAAUUCCAUGAUGCUUAGUCGUCGUGGGGAGGACACAAAAUAUCAAUGGCCUUCGAACUGGGAUGUUGAAAACAUUGUAACUUUUUGUUGAACACUAGUUUGCUUAUAUCAAUGUAAAUUUUUGUUGAACACUAGUUUUCUUAUACCAGUGUAACAUUUUCUUUAAAAAAUCAUGAUUCAUCCAUGUUGAUUGUUACUAAUACAAAAUAUAU